AUGUUCCGACUCAAGAACGCCAUCUCGACGCUUGGAGUGGUCGGCAACGUGCACCCUGCUGACGGUGAUGACAACCUCAACUAUGAAGCCGAAGACGAAGUGCCACCUCUGACCACGACAAUGACCGCUCAACCAGAUACAAGUACUAUCCACAACAUCAGUAGCAACAUACCACCCUGGAUCAGGGAGCUCAACAACUCGCAUACUACAAGACACAGUCGUGCUUCGUCCAUCGUGUCCACACGCACCAAAUUCUCCACCACCACCUUGCAGGAUGAUGCGCGCAGCAUCGACAUCAGCGUCGGAGGACAGUAUUUCCGCAUCAGUCGCGAUGGGUCGCGCAUCACAGCCGACCCCCCGCCGCCAUACACCGGCCCGAACGAACAGCUUCUCUUCCCAACAAACUCCAUUGGUACUGCGAUUUUAGAGAGCCCGUAUAAUUCCGGCUUCGAGUCCGCAGACGACGAUCGAAGUCUUGAUGCAGAUACUGACGAUGAUGGCGCGCGGACACCUAGAUCGACGUUUGGUGUCCUCGACACUGGCUUGCUGGAAGAUACCCUGCGUGGCCUACAGCUCGAUUUGCCUUUGUCGACACGGACGAGUCAGCUUAAAAACCGCUCAUCAUCUGUGACAGUGUCCGACUUCUUGAGGCUUGUAAAUGACGACGAGGGCGAGCCGGCUCGCAAAGACCACUCGGAUGCGGACAGCGGAGAAGUUAGAGCUGGACCAAAGCAUAUCAACCAUGGACCGGGCAAUUCGAUUGAUGGAGGUGAAGGCAGCAUCGCAGCAUCAUCUUUGCCCACGAUACGAGUAGAUUCCACCACGCUGUCCGGUCCUAGCAUAUGGACCGACAACAGCAGCCGGGUCAAUUCACAGACACACAAUGAGCGUGAACCCGCAGCAGCCCUCGCAAAUGUACCAAUAACGAACUCAGCAGAUGGUCUUCUGUUACGAGAGCCUGACAGUUCAGGGGCGCGCCCUCGUAAUCCUCCUCCUGAGGGAGGUACAGAUGGCUCUGUCUCCAGCCCCGGCAGGGCAGCUGUCCUCAACGGCGAGCCUGACUUCCAAGGCAAUGGAUCAUUGGAGGGCGAUGAGCACGAUACUCCAUUAUCGAUGGACGACGAGAAUGACAUCAGUCUACACUACGCCCGCAUGAUGCGCAAGCUGGAUUAUCGCCAUCGCAAGGCCUUACAUCUCAAGGACAAAGAACUGGCGGAAAUGCGAGAGAAACUCCAUGAGAAGGACAUUGUGCUUAGGCAGCAGCUACGGGCGAAGGAUUUCAUGAUCGACGAUCUCAAGAAGCGGUUGGUGAACCUGGAAGAAUGCUUGGAGACCAUGCUAGAAAAGGCGCGCAACCAAGUGGAGGAUCUGUGGGAGGCACGGUGGAAAGAGCGGAAUGCUCAACUUCUUGACCGCAUAAAACGUGUCGAGGAGGAUGCCCAAACCACGAUUGAGAACAUUCGUGCGGAAGCGUCCGCACCGCAAGAGGAAUCGAACCUUGAAGUGGUGAUGGAGAAAUCGUGUUCUUUUGGUAGGGGCCGAAUUAAGCAGACGGCGACGAUGUAA